UCCUACAAUCGGCGCAGUUGGAUGCCGCACUCUGAUAACAAUCGCUAAUGCGUUAUUAUUCGCUUAUCUGUUCACCGCCGCCUUUCCCCCUUUCUUUCCUCCCGUCGCUAAUAUAAUCUUAUGCUCAUUACCAACAUAAUUUAUGAGCGUUGGAGAUUAAAGAGAGAAAGAACAAGUAAAAAGUCCCUCGCAAUAUCAACAUAGAGUAUCGCACUUCAAUUUAGGCAAAGAGGCUUGUGCAUGCACACGUGAUGUUCUAACGCAUCAUUUUUCUCGACCGCGAUGCUCAGCUAGUUCUCACACAAGUAACGUGGAGCUCUCAAAAUUAGCGACGAAGAAAGCAUCACCUAAUAUCCCGCUUAAUAUCCAUCUCGAGACCUAUCAAUACUUACGAUUCGUUCGCUACUGUUAUCGGGUGUGUUCACGGAAUAUAUCAAAAUCUGUCUGGGUUCUCACUAUAGCAGAGAGAUUCGAUUUAUUCAUCCAGUAUGGCUUCACCUAAAGGAAAUGGAGGCCUGACGCCUUUUGAACACCAGGCGAUGGGAGUUGUGCUUUCAAUCGAAGGGGUAUUGGGAAUCACAGCUUCAAUCUACAUCUUGAUAUCACUGUUCAACAGCAAAGGGCGUGACCCUACCCAAAAGUCCAUUCGAACCAGCUUGGCCCUCGGCGACCUGGCAAUUGGCAUCAUGAGUCCUGUGGUUGCCGUGUCAAGUUUCUCCGAGGAGUGGGUUUAUGGUUCAAGCGGGUGCCAGACCUAUGGUUUUGUGGCCAACUUUUUUGGGUUGAUCAGCAUCUGGAGUUUGGUUGCCAUGGUGCUCCAUCACUACCAGAGCUCCAAGAUAGGGGCGAAGAGAGAUGACAUCAGCAGCCGAUACUCCAUGACCAUCGCCCUUAUUUGGGGCGGGGCGUUCUUCUGGUCGGCCACUCCCCUCCCGUUCAUCGGAGUGGGGCGGUACGUGGUCGAGCCCUUUGGCACCGGAUGCCUCCUCGACUUCGCCGACCGCAGCCCAAGUUAUUUCAUCUACCUAGUCGGGUUUUCGACACUCGGGCUCGCCUUCCCCAUCGCCCUUCUCAUCUCUCGGGGGCUCAACUACGAGAAGGUCCCGAUUGAAUCAGUGAUUGCUUGCUGGAAGGCAGUACUGGUCCUCUGUUUCUACUGGGGUUGCUACGGGCUCGUGGCCAUCGCGACUGCCCUGUCUGGGCCCGGUCGUGUCUCCGUUCGUCUCUUCGCCAUCGCCCCGCUCCUCGCCAAGACUUGCCCCAUCGUCAACGCGGUCAUCUUCGGGGAUACGAUGUCGUUGGACGAGCCUACGACAACCAAAGAGCAGAAGAAACACUGAACAACACGAUGGUGUCGUUGUUCAUAUUUGUUUCUG